AUGUGUCCCGCAGCUAUGCAGAAUUAAAUAUAUUCACAGUCCGUCUGUGAGCUCAUUUCAUUGCCGUGUGAGUGAACGUCAGCCAAUGUUUAUCAACGAAGUGCCACGUUUGAGAGAUAUACUAUCAAGCCGCUUCCUCUUGCGGCGGCACGUCUACGUGACGCGCGCGGCUGCCAAGAGUCCCGUACGAGAUGAUGAGUGGACUUUGAAGUGUGGCCGGUCCACGCCCUCCCUGCUCCGCCGGUCUGUGCCCGUCGCCCAGUCCGGUGCGCGUUGCCUCACGACCGCCAUGUAUUGCCUGCGAAGUGAACCCGAACUCAGCCGAGCCGAGCAAAUCCUCCGCUCUGCCCGCAGGCAGAAGGUGAUACAAGCGAACGUGACGCUCCUAGGCAUGGAGGGCGAUUCGGACCUCCAGUUCCUCCUGCAAGGGGGAGACCUCCUCAAGGUCCUGUCCCCGUCCUGGAAGAAGACCCGCUACUUCAGACUCAUGGAGGACUGCAAGACCAUCUGGCGUGAAUCGAAGAGAACCUUCAAGGAUAGCCAGACCUUUUCACUCGAUGACAUCUCAUCGGUGCGACUGGGCCGCCAGUCGGAGGGCCUGAGGAAGAACACGGAGGACCAGGUGGAGGGCCGCUGCUUCUCCAUCAUGUUCAAGAGCCGCCGCAAGAACCUGGACCUCAUCGCCAGCUCGGAGGAGGAGGCCAAGCAGUGGUUCAACAGCCUGCAGAAAGUGCUCUCCAACAGAAACAACCUCAACAUCCAGCAGAAGACGGAGCAUUGGAUUUCCAGCUGCCUGAGGAAAGCCGACAAGAACAAAGACGACAAGAUGACUCAGUCGGAGCUCAAGAACUUCCUGCGUCUGAUCAACAUCAAGGUGGAUGACGACUACGCUGAGAUGCUCUUCCAGAAGUGCGACAAAUCCAAAUCCGGACACCUGUCUGGGGAGGAGAUUGAACAUUUCUAUGACCUGUUGACCCACCGCGAGGAGAUCGACGUCAUCUACGGGGCGUACGCCAAAACAACGGGCUUCAUGAGUUCUCAGAACCUGGUGGACUUCCUGAAGAAGGAGCAGAGAGAGAAGGCCACGCUGGCCGAUGCGCACAACAUCAUCCAGAAGCACGAGCCAGAUGAAAACGCCAAGGAGAAGAAGCUGCUGUCCAAAGACGGCUUCCUCAUAUACAUGCACUAUCCGGAGACCUUGGUCCUCAAACCAGAUCACAGAGAGGUGUACCAGGACAUGAGCCAGCCCCUCAACCGUUACUUCAUCUCCUCCUCGCACAACACCUACCUCAUGGAGGACCAGCUCAGUGGGCCCAGCAGCACGGAGGCCUACGUCAGGGCUCUGCUGAAGAGCUGCCGCUGCGUGGAGCUGGACGUCUGGGACGGAUCAGACAAUGAGCCAGUGAUCUACCACGGCUACACACUGACCUCUAAGAUCCUCUUCCGGGACGCCAUCAAAUCCAUCAAGGAGUACGCCUUUAAGACGUCCGACUACCCGGUUAUCCUCUCCUUGGAGAACCACUGCAGUGUGGAGCAGCAGGAGGUCAUGGCCCACCACUUGAGCUCCAUCCUGGGCAGUGCCCUCGUCACCUCCCCUCUGGGGGAGGGAAUGCCCACCGACUUUCCAUCUCCCGAGGAGCUGAAGGGGAAGUUCCUGAUCAAAGGGAAGAGAUUAAACAAGCUGGAGGCCAGCUUUGCUCCUGAGGCGGCUGAGGCGGACGACGCGGACGUGACGGAGGAGGACGAGUCCAACAAUGAAGACGAGGACGAGCAGAAGGAGGACGAGAAGAGAAAGGUGAAAAAGAAGCUGAAGCUGGCGAAGGAGCUGUCUGGCAUGGUGGUCUACUGCAAGAGCGUCCACUUCCACAGCUUUGAGGACGCAAGGCAAAACCUGAGCUUCUACGAGAUGUCGUCCUUCAAGGAGCAGAAGGCCCUGGCGCUGGCAGAGGAGUCGGCCAACUCCUUCAUCCGCCACAACGUGGACAAGCUGAGCCGCAUCUAUCCAGCGGGCUCCAGGACCGACUCCUCCAACUACAACCCGGUGCCUCUGUGGAACGCCGGCUGCCAACUAGUGGCCUUAAACUUCCAGACAACCUGCACAGACAUGGAUGUCAACCAGGGCAGAUUCCUGGUUAACGGAAAGAGCGGAUACAUCCUGAAGCCGGCAUUCUUGAGGGACGUAGACACAGAGUUCGAUCCCAUCACCCUGACCCGAGGGGACUGGCUGAAGCACAAGACGCUCCAUGUCUUGGUUGUAUCCGCCCAGCAGCUCCCCAAAAUGAACAACAAGAAAUUCUCAUUCGUGGACCCGUUGGUGAAAGUGCAGGUGUACGGCGUGCCGGCUGAUGUCGCCGAGAGACAGACCGUCGCGGUUGAGAACAACGGUUUCAACCCAGCAUGGAACGAAAGCUUCCAGUUCGACGUGUAUGUGCCGGACCUCGCGCUGGUGCGCUUCACCAUUGAAGACCACGACUCCACGUCUGGUAACGAGUUUAUUGGGCAGUACACACUUCCAUUCAACAGCUUAAACAUGGGAUACAGACAGGUGCCUCUGCUCAAUAAGAACGGAGACGUCCUCUCCUCAGCCGGACUCUUUGUGCACAUUAUGGUCCUCGAUGCCGAGUGAGACGUCAACGAGGACCUCCGAAACACAGCCUCCAUUUUCUGCUGUUAAUUGUGGUUUUUUUUCUUCUUCUUCUCUCUAUUGUUUUAAGUUCAUGAUUAACUUAUUAGCUUUAUUCCAGUAGUUUGAGCUACACACACACACACACACCAUGGUUUGCCAGACUUUAUAAUGCUCCGUAUGAGUCACAUUACACCUUCAAUGGCCCAGCGGCUUGUGUCAGUUAAUGUAUCAUCUAUUUUAUUUUUUUUAAUUACCCUUUCAUGAAUACUGGGGAAACCAAAGCCAACAUUGAAACGAUGCGCUUUGUAUUCAUCAGUUAUUUUAGUCAAGUGUGAUCACUUGUUUUUUUGAUUUUUUUUCAUGUGACAAAUUGUCACGACUUCUGCUUCUUUUUGUAAAUCAAGAUGAAGAUAAAAGUUUGAAACAUGAA